AUGACUCAAAUUAAUAUAACAAGAGUUUUAAAAGGAAAAUACACCAUUAUGAUUGUGUUAAUAAUAGGAAUAAUUUUGUACAACAUAAUGAAUGAUGAAAAUUUAACAUUUACAGAAAACAUUAUUGGAAGGAUGAUUUAUACAUAUUCACUAUUUAGAAAUGUAGUUUCACUGACUAACUAUGAAGAAAUAGAAAAGUUCAGAAGCAAUGAUUGUUCUAUUUACAAAAAUUUGAUCUUUGGCUUUUCAAAUAAGAAUGAAUUGGGUAUUAUAGUAGAACAUAGCAUUGGGUAUGGAGAAAAUCAAGAGUGGAGUAUUUUAGAUGAGUAUGAAUCCUUAGAAAUUGAAAAUAUUAUGGGAAAUAGGCAUUGGAUUGAGAUUGACGAAUCUGGUGAAUUAACUGAUGGAAUUUCAAUGGAUAUGAAUAGAGAGCUACAUAAAGAUGAAGUUGUUGUAAAUUUUAUAGUUAGUAAAAAAUUAUUAGAGAACAAUAAUAAAUUAAAACAAAAUCUAAUUCGACCAGUAAAGUGUUCUACAAAAAAAUUAUGUUCAAAUUUAUAUUUUGAUGAGUCAAAAGUCAAGGUUGUUUAUGAAAAUGAUAAUAUUUCAACUAUUAAUAAAGAUGAUAAAGCAGAAUCUCCAGGGAUUGUUAUAUAUGUUCACGGAGGAGGAUUUGUAUUUGGUGAUAUGAAUACAUAUGAGAAGGUAUUACAAAAACAUGCAAUUCAAUUGGGAAAAUUAAAUAAACCAAGCAUUAUUGUUUAUAUUGGGUAUAGAAAAUCACCAAAAUGGAAGUAUCCAAUCCCAUUGGAAGAUGUUAUUGCAUCAAUUUCAUGGAUACAUAGUAAUGCAGAAAGAUUAGGUCUAAAUCCAAAUAAGCUUGUUGUAUUAGGAGAUUCAGCAGGAGGUAGUUUAGCUACAUCCUCAAUUGCAUCAUGUUUGAGUAUUAAAGAUCAAAGUAAAAGACGUAAUAAUAAUGUAUUAUCAAAAAGAUUUCACAAUUACUGUAAAUGGGUUGACCAUGUUAAAUUCUUAGGAUUAAUUUAUCCUGCAUUGUGCCAAAAAUGCGUCACAAAUUCUAAAUUAAAAAACUAUAAAUUUGGAUUCUUAACUUUGAGUUCAUUAUUAUGGUUUGAAAAACAAUAUCAAUCUAAGUAUAUAGAGAGUUAUUUUGAUUGGAGAUCACAACCUUUAUUAGCCCCUGCAAAUAUUCUUAGAAAGUUUCCAAAAACAAGUAUUGUAUUGAUGAAAAGUGAUAUACUUUAUGAUGAGGGAAGAUUAAUGUAUGAAACUUUAUUGAAAUUGAAAGUAAAUGCAAAAUUGAGAAUUUUUUCAGGUUUCCAUGGUAUAUAUGGAAGUAGUUGGUCAUCUGGCGGUAGUAAUGCAUUGGAAUUUAUUAAUAGUGAGAUCUCUGAAAUAAUGAAUCAAAAUAAUUAA